UCUGAAGUAGUUACUAUUACGACGUUGUAAUUGUCGUAGAAUUGCUAUUUUACGAAUGUAAAUAUAAAUUCACUUCAUUAUUAACAGCCAAUCCGAUGCACUUCCUUUUUGGUGAAUAUAGUUUAAAGUCUCCUGGUAUGUGUUAAGCCAUCUGUCAAGAUCGUCUUCAGCUGUCAAAACUGUCAAAGUAGCCGUGUUUGUUAUUAUACUGACCAGCUGUGUGUACGACUGAAGUUGAUUGUUGAAGGUAGUCCUCCUGUGGCACUCUGAGCAGUAUUCAUAAUUACUUUUGAGGGGAGUGAGAAAUCUAGGAUUAUUGCUUCAAAAAGUCACUGUCUGCGUGAUAUAAGGGUAUAGUCAUGACAGUAGAAGCUGAAUGGAAAGCACAGAAUGUGGGGAAAUGUUUGCUCCAUUGGCCCCUGACACACAGCACCUGGAGACAGUGAGGGCACUGCAUCAGACAGUUGUUGCCUUACGUGUGGCCCUCGAUAAGUCACGUACAGAAUUGGAAGCACUGCGACUUAAAGUGCGAUCGAGUGCUGUUUACACAGACACAAUUGAAAAACUCUCACUGGAAAACCACAUUUUGCGGCAGCGAAUUUUGGAUGUAAAAAAUGUUCCAGAAACCGUGGGUAAUGUAUUACACCCACGUGAGGAGCAGUCUGCAGUAGAGCUAGCUACUGGACACAUGGAGUCUUCCACAAACAAAAAACUGAAAGAAAGUUCAGAAUUGAUUGUCGAAGGAAAGGAUCUACAAGGUAAAACAGGAAGCUCCGUGGAAGCUGUGCGGGAAAAUAUAGAGGCAAGAGUAACUACUUCAUCUGUGCCAGUUAAAGGUGCUGAAGCUACUACACAAGCUGCACAUAAUCUCCAAACUAUUUCUCCAGCUAUAAAAAAUGCAAAUCAAAUUACAGAGAAUACUGAGAAUAGUGUUGCUGAUAAAGGCAAUAGAGAUGCUGUUAAACUGGAUUCAGAUGAGACGAAGACACAGAAAGGUGAACAAGUGCAAGUCAUCAAGUCACUGUCAGAGAGCAGUGGAGACAAAUCAGCAUGCAGUGAGCAGGAGCAGGUAUCCCCACAGGGUGGCAAGAACGCCGGCGAGUCUGACAACGAGUCUGAAGAGGUGGAUGACAUCGAACUCAUAUUUACGACAGAGGAAACAAAAGAGUUGGGCAUGCUGCAGGAAGACCUCGUAUCAAUAACUGAAGCAGAGAAUUGGCAGCCGGGCAGUGUCUUGGUGAAAUUUUCUGAGGCUGACCAUUUUGAUGAACUACCUGAAGAGGCACAAGAGACAGAUGGUGAGGACAGGGGAUCAAUAGAAGAUGCUAAAGAUGCGUCAAAAGAAUCUAACCUGACGAAAGUAUGGACACAGUCUGUACUAGUGGAAACAGACAUAUCAAAGUGUGGAGUUGUUGAUGAAAUUGAGCAACAGGGACGUGUGUCCAGAAGAAACACUCUACCAAAUCCCCUUAUCCACCAGCCAAUAGUGCGUGACCCACUGCCCGGUAGCCGAGGCCAUGGCACAGUUUUGUUUUCUGCCAGUCCAAGGAGCGCCACUGUAAAAUUUUCACCAGUGGUGAGUAAAAAAAGUGGUUCUGAAUGCAAACAGUCUCCAGUGAGACCCAUUCUUUCAGAAAAGAAUGCCAUAAAAAGAGAGUCUGAAGCACAAACUGAUAUCACUGCAUUACCAUCUCACUGGAAAUCUGAAAGCUACUUAGCACAUAAGGUGGCGCACAACUUUACAACCUUACCAUCAAAAUUCACACUCCCAGUGCAACAACUGCCAAACAAGUAUUCCCUACGACUCUCUGAAAAAACUCGAGAGGCACGAAGAACAUUAUUGUCUGACAUCAACUUCACAAGUAUGGUACCAGAGCUUUCACGCAGUGCAGAUCAUCUUUGCCAGGAUGAAGUUGAAGGAGGUUGCACUGGAGUGGUUGGUCCUGCUCUCUGUAGGAAUUACCCUCAUGCUCAUGCAUAUAUGAAGAAUGUGAAUGGAGGACAUGAUGGGCACACAGGAUCUAGUCUGAUAUCUCCAAGCUAUUCUCAUUUUCGUGAUUAUGGGAAGGAUGCUUGGUCUCCAUCCUGUGACUGUUCACAGAGUGGCCCAAUAAGCUAUGGUAGUUCUCAAAACAGGCUUGGAUGGGACAGUGUACCAGGGAGUACUCGUUAUCGUGGGUCACUGACAUCCAUAACCCAUCAGUCAUCAUACGAAUAUCCUGAAUCCAAAAGGAGGUACUCGUGGAGACCUUCUCCAGAUUCCUAUCACAAAGCAGGUGUGCCGCAGAAGCCGACGUGGGGUUCUGUUCCCUCAUCACCAACACGUUGCCGGUGGGGUCACGUUACUCCAUUUGCACCUUCCUAUGCUACUCCACAGUCUGAAGCAGACUUGUAUACUCCAUCAUAUUGGUCUGCAAAACAGCCCCAAGCAAGAUUGUCAAAAGCAAGAACGAGAAACAGAGUUACUUUCUUUGAUGCUCCAUUGCACCAUCGAGGACACCCUGGCCAGUCACUGCCUGAUCUACGGGCAGACGUGGAACUGGAGAGUGGGGACUCGACAGAUUCUCUUAUUGAUGAAGCAGAAGAAUAUUUGAGGCGAUCAAUUGACUCAAUGUUGACGGGUACAGACUGGAGUAGAACUGUAAAGCGCAGGCAGGUCCGACGUGUAUCAGAGCCCGAUCCAAUAAGAGAGUUCAGACCACCAAAAUCAGCUCAUCCUUUCCUUCCAAAAAUUCCCCGUGAUCUGAAGCUGGAUUACUUUGUGAAAGUGAUUACAAAUGAAGGACGAGUGAUGGUCGGAAGGGUGCGGUAUGUUGGCUCAGUGCCCACAAAGGAUGAACCAUAUGUUGGAGUAGAAUUGCCUCAGGAUGCUGGAAAUUCAGAUGGAUCAUUUGAAGGACGUUGAUUCUUUGAUAGUGAUCCUGACAAAGCAGUAUUUGUACCCUUCAAGAAAGUUGUAAUGGCUUGGAGUAUCUAAACAAAGAGUAAUGUAUCAAUUUACUUAUUGUUGAAGAAGCUAUUUUUGUUGAUUUUUUGUUUGGCAUGAUAGAAGAAGUGAACACACACACACACACACACACACACACACACACACACACUCACUUUACACUGCACACAACCAGCACACAUUUGUAUAUAUACAGAAAACUGCUUACUCUAGACUUGCAACGGCUUGACAUCUUAUAUUAGUUACGAAUGCUGUAUGAACUUGUUUUGAAUACUAGUGUACCGAUGGUAUUAUUUUUUGAAAGAAAGAACGAAAUAGACAUUGUUGAUUCAUUUCACAAAUCAGUUCAUGAUUCUUAAAUUCCUGUUCAUGAUAUCUGGUGCCUGAGUACCGUAAUUUGUGGUAAAUGUCAUGACAUUCCAUGUUAAAUAUUAUGAAUCACAACAUUAUGGCUAGCUUGACGCUGCAGAUAUUUCUGUCUAUAUGCAAAAUUUUACGCACUGCAAUUGUUAGUAAAAUAAAUGCAUACUUUAUGUAUUUCCAUUGCUUGAAGACGUCAAAAGUGAA